GCACGCUAAAGUCAACAUUAAUAUACAGCUUUAAUAACCUUAAAUAUCGAGUUCUUAGGCAGAUAUGGUCUACAAUUAUAUUUGAGAGAAGUCAAAUGAAAGAACGACAGCUGUGAUAAAAAAUUUAUCAAAGCUUCAUUAUUCGAAUGUCGUAAAGGGACAAAAAAAAACAAGCAAAAAUGUCGCUGAAGAUCGGUCAACGUGUGGAAAUUAUUGGCAAAGGGUGUCAGGGAGUUAUUGCAUUCAUUGGACAUCCUUUGUUUGCUACUGGAAAAUGGAUUGGUGUCAUUCUUGAUGAGCCUAUGGGUCGCAAUAAUGGUACCAUCAAAGGACAUUUUUAUUUUAAGUGUCUAGAAAACCAUGGAACUUUUGUACGCCAAUCUCAGUUAAUUUUAAUUGAUGAAUCUGGUAACCGAACAGAACCUGCAAGUCCAUCUUCUACAGCUACAAGUGGAGCAACGACACCAGAUGAAGUUGGAGCUUCCAGAGCCAGAAAUCGACUUACAAGUGCUGCUGUGCGUCAGAGGAAUCAACCGACUGCAGUGCGAAGAAAAACAUCACCAGCACUGGUUAUACAACAAACAGAAAAACUUUCAGGCUCGAGAAUGUCUCUUGCAGGCAGUAGAACCCAACUUACUGUUGCACCAAGUACAGAAAAUCUUAGCGCCGUGGGCCAUGAGCGUAAGGAUGGUGGUGAAUCGCACAUACCGGCGCCAACAGCAAGCAAGCGCGCUUCGUUUGUUGAGAAAAUCCCUAGCACGAGCUCGCCUCCAGGUAAAAAGCCGAAGGCCCCUGGUGAUAACGACAAUACGGGAUUUGUGGAAACUUUGAAACCUCAAUUUGUUCCUGGUCAAGCAAUCGGUUCAAGUAUAACGUCUAGCACAAUGGAAGAAAAACUAUCACAUUUACAACUCUCACAAGAAAAUGAGAAUAUGAGAGCUCAGAUCAGAGAUCUUUCAGAAAGGAUAGAAAUACUACGAGUAAAAAGAAUGCAAGAUAAAGAUAGAAUGAAAGAUUUUGAAAAAAUCAAACUUCAAUUAGAGCAACUUAUAGAAUUUAAAUCUAAAGUUAUGGAAAGUCAAGCAAGUUUGCAACGAGAACUACAAAGGGCUCGACAAGAAACUCGAGAUGCUCAUGCAGCCCGCGAACAGUACCAAGAUGAAAUGGCAGAUUUGUCUGAAACUGUUGAAAUGGCCACUUUAGAUAAAGAAAUGGCUGAAGAGAAAGCUGAAACUUUACAAAUUGAAUUAGAACAAUUAAAAGAGAAGCUUGAAGAACAAACAUUAGAUUUGGAAAUUCUGCGUAAUGAAAUUUCAGAUAAGAUGUCUGGAGGUACUGUAAUAACUGGUGCGACAAGUUUUGAAGUUAAACAAUUAGAGCAGCAAAAUGCAAGACUUCGUGAAACUCUUGUUAGAAUGAGAGAUCUAUCAGCUCACGAAAAACACGAAUUCCAAAAGCUUCAAAAAGAUUUAGAACAAAAGAAAUCUGAAAUUUUGGAACUUAGUAGAACAAAAGAAAAACUUUCGGCACGUAUUGAAGAAAUGGAACAUCAAAUAUCUGAUCUACAAGAACAGGUCGACGCAGCUUUAGGAGCUGAAGAAAUGGUUGAAGUUCUUGGGGAACGUAAAAUGGCUUUAGAAGAGAAAGUUGCCGAACUGGAAGAAGCUGUAACAGAUUUAGAAGCGCUACAGGAUAUGUCAGACCAGCUUGCAGAAUCUUCAAAAGAACUAGAAAUGGAACUCAGAGAGGAAUUGGAUAUGGCACUUGGAGCAGCGCGAGAUGCUCAACGUCAACGGGAUGCAGCUCUUGAAACUUUGUCCGACCGCGAAAUGACAAUAACUAAGUUCCGGGAGUUAACGCAGAAGUUGCAAGAACAAUGCCUGGAUUUGCAGAAUCGUUUGCAAUCGAAUGAUUCGACAAGGACAGCUGUUAAAGGAACGGAACAACAACUUGCUGAAAUUCUUGAUUUUCAAAAAACAUUUGCUGGAACUAGAGCUCAAACUAAAGCUGUUGAUUUAGAACUAAGACGGUUAGAUGCUGAAGAAGCUCGAAAUCAUGUUAAAUAUUUAUUGUCCUUUAUGCCGCCAGCUUUCAUGAAUCGUGGUGGAGAUCACGAUGCAAUUUUGACGCUUUUAUUUAUACCAAGAAUGAUUCAAAAAACAGAAAUACUAAUUUCACAAGUCCGAGAUAAAUAUAAACCUCUUGAAAAAAUUGAUAGGACUACUAUUGUAAAAGGUCAUGCGGUAGCCCAAAGUGCAUUCAAAUCCCGACUUUGUGCCCAUAUGUAUGCAUUACAAACUGCUCUUGGUUGCUUCGAAUCAGCUCUUAGCGUAUGUAGUCCGGAAUGUAUGUUAAAAAUUGGUAGCAGUUAUCCAGAAAUGGCUGCUCAAGAAAAAUCUAUAGAUUCAUUAAUUGAACUGGCUAAGCGUGAUCAGCUCGAUGAAAAUCUGAUAAUGGAGGCAACAGAGAGAUGCUGUACAUACUUUUUAACAAUGUAUGGAAUUUAUUUUGGUGAAGAGAAUCUAACAAAUCAAGCGCGACUUAUUGUCAACGGUACCAGAUGCUUGGGUAGUGCUUGUGAAGCUCUCUGCACCGAAGCGGGAACCAUUAAAAAUCUUAUAGAUGGGGAGCAAGGCGAUAUGGGACUGUUGUGUCAACAUAUAGAGACUGUUUGUGAUACUGUACAUCAAAAUCUUAAGUCAGCUCGAAGACGAGUGCCACGAGAAUUUUCUACAAUUUCCACGCCUAAUGAGGCUCAUCUUGGCCUAAGCAAUGAUUGUUAUGAAGAGAUAUUUACAUGCUAUAAACAUGCAUUAAAACUUAUGAAAACACUCCAUGAUCUAACAAAAAGCGCACUUCAAACUAUUUUAACUAGUGGUGAUUUAGAUACGGGUUUGAGUACAGCCAAACUCAAGGAAAUGGCAGCAAUUUCCAUUGAAAAAAUUUAUGAUACAGAUGACAUAGGUGCAAUUGCUACAAUCAAGGUUAGUUUAAGUGUAAUUCAAAAGUCAUCUGUGAAUUUUGCUGAGAAAAUGGCCGAAUGCGAAAGCGAAUUAGCAAUAAACGGAUCUACGAUUCAACGUAAGAAAGAAAAUAUCGAAGACAACAAUCCAAUUUACCUGCGCGCUCAAGCUAAUCGUAAAGAGUUAGAGGAAACUAAAAUCCUUAAUGGGAAACUUGCGGCAAGAGAAACUGAUAUACGAGAAAUAAAGUUAGCCCUUAGAGAAAAACAAGAAGAACUUUCUGAAAUGAUUUUACGAAAAGAAUUAGCCGAAAAACGUCUCGCCACGCAACAGCACGAGCAUGAGUUAAGCAUAGAAAAACUGAAAAGAAAUUUAGAAGAAAUCCAGUCUCAAUGGAAAAGAAAAGAAAAGGAAUUCGAAGAAACAAUGGACCACUUGCAGACAGAUAUUGAUAGUUUAGAAUCCGAAAGAGGUGAACUUAAGGAAAGGCUCAAAUCUAUUUGUAAAAAGAGUGGAUCAUCAUGCACUCCUGGUGCCGAUGGCAGCUUGAACAGCAGCAUAUCAGCGAGCUACGGUCCACCGAUACAAGAUAGCUUGAUGCACGAGAAAAUACAAGCUCUACGUGAAGCUUUAAAAGACGAAGCGCGUCAAACGCAAUCAUUGCUGUGUGAAAGUCUCAAACAAAAAUUACAAUCUUUACCCCCUUUACCGAAAUACGAUGAAAAACCAAAAGAGGAUGAAAAGAUCAAGGGGCUAUUACAAAAGAAGAUCGAACUUCUGAGGGAAGCCAAAAAACUUGCAUUCUUCCCAGAAGUGCCCGAUUUAACACGAAGAAAACUCUUAUUGGCAACAGAUGAGCCUAUAUUUGAAAAAGUUUUACCUAUUUACAAGUUAUUGGAAAGAAACAAUAACAUACGGAUUCUUAAAGAUCGUGUUGACGAACUAACUAUUCAAGUACGCGAGGAAACUGUAAAACGAAUUUUCGGUGGUCAAGCGGAAUCUCAAUUUGCUGUAUUUCCAGCGCGGCAUGUUGCUGCCGCUAUGAAGCCAUCGUCUGAACAAAUAACUGCUGAAGUCUUAAUACCUCAUAAAGGGCCAUCGCAAGUCAUCGAAGUGCCCGUAGGUACACGAGAGUUGAGAAAUAUUCACAUGCUUCUUUCCUACUAAGGAAAAAUAUUCUAUUUCACAAAAACAAAGAAUACUUUACAACAAAGGUAUUAAAGAAGACAAUGUCUAUGAAGAAUUGAAAAUGUGACUUUGAAAUGACAAUGCUCAUUUUUAAUUUAUUUCGAACUCUCAGUAUUUCAUAUUCUUUAAAGAAUUGAG